AUGCCUGACCAGACCACCACCAUCGUAAUCUUCGGGGCAUCGGGCGAUCUGACCACCCAUAAGCUCGCCCCGGCUCUCGCUGACCUGUACGCAAAGGGACGGCUCGGCCCCGAUAUCCAAAUCGUCGGCGUGUCCCGUACCGAUAUGACCGCCGAUGAAUUCCGGGCUUCCUUCUACGAAGGAUUCGGCGACGAGUCGGAUUUCCCGCCCUCUCCGGAUUUCUGGAACAAUUUGGCCGACCGGGUGCAUUCUUGCUAUGGCGACGUCACGGCCCCCGACGGCCUCUUGGACCUCCAGAGGGUUCUCGCCAACAUCGAAUCGCCCGACAGGCCCGCCAAUCGCCUCUACUACCUGGCUUUGGCACCAUUCUUGUUUGCCCCGACUGUCGCUACUCUGGGCAGGGCCGGGUUCCAGAAAGAGGAUGGCUGCUGGCGUCGUGUCGUGGUCGAAAAGCCCUUCGGAGUGAAUCUCCAGACCGCACACGAGCUUAACGAGGCUGUCCACCAGGUCUUCGCUGAGCAUCAGGUCUACCGAAUCGACCACUACCUCGGAAAAGAGACGGUGCAGAACCUGCUGGUCUUCCGCUUCGCCAAUGCCAUUUUCGAGCCGCUGUGGUCUCGGAACUACAUCGAUAACAUCCAGAUUACCGUGGCCGAGUCCGUUUCCAUCGCGGAGCGGGCCUCCUACUACGAUCGUGCCGGCGUGCUGCGCGAUAUGUUUCAGAGCCAUCUGCUGCAACUCCUUGCGGUGGUCGCCAUGGAACCACCCUCUACUUUUGAAGCCGACACGCUGCGCAAUGAGAAGGUCAAGGUCCUGGAGUCCGUCCGCCACAUCCCGGCGCGCGAUGCCUCCCUGCGCGCGGUUCACGGCCAGUACGAUGGCUACCUCGACGAGCCCGGCGUCCCGCCCGAUUCCCGCACUCCUACCUACGCCGCACUGCGCCUCGACAUCGACAACUGGCGCUGGCAGGGCGUCCCCUUCUACCUCCGUUCCGGCAAGGCUCUCAGCGAGAAGCACACCGAGGUGCUGAUCCAGUUCCGACGUCCGCCCCACCUGAUCUUCCCCCAGGGCAGCAGUGGCGACAUUACCUCCAACACCCUCUCCAUCUGCCUGCAGCCCAACGAGGGCGUGCACCUGGAGUUCCAGGCCAAGACGCCCGAUUCCCUGCUCGACCUACGUCCGGUAAAUCUGGAGUUUCACUAUGAGGACUCCUUCGGCGGCCAGGAAAUCCCAGACGCCUACGAGCGCCUCCUGCUCGACGCCCUGAACGGCGAUGCAUCCCUGUUCAUCCGCAGCGACGAAAUCGAGCAGUCCUGGAGCAUAAUGGACCCGCUCAUUGAGGGCCUGUCUGACCCGUCAACUCGCCCCCCGGAAAUCUACGACCUCGGCACCGAGGGCCCCUUCUCUGCCGACGACUUCCUAGCCCGCGACGGCCGCGCCUGGCUCAGCAAAUGCCUCGGCGGGUAG